CGGGCCUGUGAUGCAUGUGCAGCUCGAAAGGUGAGAUGUGAUCGGGGGUUGCCAUGUAAACGAUGCCAGAGCCUCUCUCUCCGAUGCGUGGCCGAGAGGAGAAAGCUCAAGGCCGGCCCCAAAGGGCCCUGGGCACAAAGGAAGCGAGAGGCUCUAUUAAAUAAUAAAUCGGCAAUGGAGUCGACGAUGAUUAAUAGAAAAGCUCCAAUUCCCGUUUCUGAUAACGAUACUUAUUCGCAGCCGUCAAAUCAACCUCACAUCUACCCUGGCAUGAAUCGCGUCCCGUCUUCCGCGUUUGAGCAUUACCUCGGCCUCUAUCAGCAAGCUCUAUACCCGGUGUGGCCGGUUGUCAACAUAGAUACUCUCCUCAAUCGACUUCAGGACUCCACUGACAUCGAAGCAUAUGCCCUCGCUGCAGCAGUCAGUGCAGUCACCAUAGCACAACUCAAGCCUGCAUCUCACGAAGCACUUGGCCGUUUUGGAGGCGAUGAUGGCGCGUUCAUGGCUUCUGAAUCCUCACGGGCGAGAUAUGAAAUGGAUCACCUAGAGCAUCCUUCCAUCAGCGUUUUGCUGUCUUCAUUCUUUUUACAUGUGUCGUAUGCAAACCGCGGCCACAUUCGAAAGGGUGCCAUGCUGCUACGCGAAGCUAUCACUUUUGCUCAGAUGCUGAGCCUUGAUAAGGCGAUUCAUUAUGCUAGUCUACCUAAACUUGAGGCUCAGAGGCAUCUGCGCAUAAUCUGGUUAUUGUUUGUGACAGAAAGAGGCCAUACGACGCGAUUUGACUUUCCAAGGAUAUUGCAGCUUGAUCCUGAUCUGCCCGAACUAGAAGUGGAUGAAAACCCCCCAAUUUUGUUCGCCUUUAUCAGCUUGAGCAAACUCUUCCAAAGCUUUGCUAAUGCAAUGGAUGGUGAUGGAUCUUUGCAAACGCACGAGUAUUUUGCCUCUAUGCAUGCUCGCUUACGAGGAAUCCAGCAAGCUUCGCGGAAUUCCACUGAUUUACAGAAAGCAGAUUUUCUCAUGACGCAACAGUGGAUGAGAAUUGUCUUAUGGAAGACAUCCAUGUACUAUAUCAACCUUCUGCCCAAUGCAUCAGACGAAGGCCUUAGUCUGUCUUUCCCAAACCGGAUCGCGCGAAAUGUGGUUCAGAACAUAGAUACAUUUCCCCGGUCCGUCAUUGAAGCACACGGCCUGGGAAUGGAAAUGAAGUUGUUUGAAGUGGCAAUGUCACUAGCCGAUAUUCUGCUAUGCCUCCCUUCGACAUUCGAGGGCAAACAGCUGAUGAAUGUUGGCCCUCGAGAUAUUUUGAACCGCCUUGCUGAGUUUCUGACCUGUUUUCGUGGCGGUGGCGAUAAUAUUAAGCUCCAAAUUCUGCAUGAUAAGAUGCAG